UAGUAUACCUACAAUAUCUCUCGGUACCAAUUUUGAAUUUUAAUUUAAUUUAUUUAAUAUAUAAAAUGCGUUUCGUAUGUAAUUUAUUUAUUUGUGUCAUUUGCCUUUAUUUAUGCGGAGGUGUAGCAAGUGUAAUACUGAAAGAAGUUGAUGUACCGCCUAUGGUUCAUAUAAAUAAUGAGGACGAUGAUGAUUUAAGAGUUAUAUUAGAUUGUCACUAUGAAAUAGAAGAUAAUAAAUCUUUUCUGGUCGUCAAAUGGCUAAAGGAUGGCGAAAUAGCUUAUCAAUGGAUACGGGGACAGCCACCAUCAGUUUUUCCAAAUUUUGUGGGAAAAAUUGAAAAAAACUUUGCUAUAUCCACUGAUCCUGAUCAACAAUACAGAGGCAUAGCUUUAGUCAAUGUUACAAUAGAUACAAGUGGAGUUUAUAGAUGUUUAGUCCAAAGCAAAGAAGGGACAUAUUCGAAAGAGAAGAAACUACAAAUUGUCGAUAUAUCAAAUUAUACACUCAACUUGUUUCAUAACAGAAUACAAAAUGAGACACAUUUAGAAUGUAGUAUUGAGCAUAUAUAUCCUCAACCAAUGAUAUCGUUAGGUUCUGAUGAUGGAGACGCGAUAUCGAUUAUAUCAUCACAAGUUAAUGAAGACCAAAACGGUUACUACAACGCAUCGACAGUUGCAGUAGUUAAUGAUGAUGAUGAUGAUGUUGAUCAAUAUGAAUGCGUAAUUACUUUUGGAAAUUUGCCUUUGAAUUUGACGAAGACUACGUCAUCCAAAGGGGCUAGUUUGAAUGUUUUUGCAACACUUUUUAUUAUUCCAAUUUUUUUAAUCUUUAAUUGAUGCAAUUUGAUUAAAAGAAUAGGCAAUCAAUCGAAUGCGUCCAACGAAUAAUAGUUUUAAGAUGUUUCAAGAAAUUUUGAAAGUUGCUUAUAUAUUUAGCGCUUCAUGGUUGUUAUUAUUUAAAUAUUAUAAUAUUGUUACUAAAUUAAUAAACGCUUUUUUAUACUAGCAAAUUUAACUAAAAUUUUAACUGAUUUGUUAAAAACAUAAAAUAUUUGUAUUUAUUUACGAUUAUUUAAGUGCACUAAUUAAUUGUGAUCAUAUA